AUGCAAGCUCUUCAAUCUUCCUCUCUCCGUGCGUCUCCCCCGAAUCCACUUAUAAGGCCUUCGAAUCGACAGUCGCAUCAGAUUACCAAUGCGAGACCCACGAGGAGACGCUCCUUCAUCUCCGCAUCAGCCGCUGUUUCCGCUCCUAAACGCGAGACGGAUCCGAAGAAACGGGUUGUGAUUACCGGUAUGGGUCUCGUUUCUGUCUUUGGUAACGACGUCGAUGCCUACUACGAGAAAUUGCUCUCCGGUGAGAGUGGAAUCAGCUUGAUUGAUCGAUUCGACGCCUCCAAGUUCCCGACUCGAUUCGGUGGUCAGAUCCGUGGACAUGAAUUUGAUUUUUCUUUGAUGAUUGAUAAGCUGAAAGCUGGAGUACUAGUUGGGACUGGUAUGGGUGGUUUGACUGUAUUUUCAGACGGUGUUCAAGCUCUAAUUGAGAAAGGUCACAGGAGAAUAUCUCCAUUUUUCAUUCCUUAUGCCAUCACAAACAUGGGUUCCGCUUUAUUGGCGAUCGAUCUUGGUCUUAUGGGUCCAAACUACUCCAUCUCAACCGCUUGUGCCACCUCCAACUACUGCUUUUACGCUGCUGCGAACCACAUUCGCCGCGGUGAAGCUGAUAUGAUGAUUGCUGGUGGAACCGAGGCUGCCAUUAUUCCUAUUGGGUUGGGAGGUUUUGUUGCUUGCAGGGCGUUGUCGCAGAGAAACGAUGACCCUCAAACAGCUUCAAGGCCAUGGGAUAAACAAAGAGAUGGCUUCGUCAUGGGUGAGGGAGCUGGUGUUCUGGUGAUGGAAAGCUUGGAACAUGCGUUGAAACGUGGUGCUCCAAUUGUAGCAGAAUAUCUUGGAGGCGCUGUUAACUGUGAUGCUCAUCAUAUGACUGAUCCAAGAGCUGAUGGGCUUGGUGUCUCUUCAUGCAUUGAGAGCUGCCUUGAAGAUGCUGGUGUAUCACCCGAGGAGUCUAUGAUAGGUCACUGCCUCGGUGCAGCUGGAGGUCUCGAAGCCAUCGCCACCGUGAAGGCUAUCAACACUGGAUGGCUUCAUCCCUCAAUCAACCAAUUUAACCCAGAACCAGCCGUUGACUUUGACACGGUCGCAAACGAGAAGAAGCAGCACGAGGUGAAUGUUGCUAUAUCAAAUUCAUUUGGGUUUGGUGGACACAACUCAGUCGUCGCUUUCUCUGCCUUCAAACCCUGAUUUCUUCAAACCUCUUAAAGAAUCUCUUCCCCGUUUUGUUACAUCACCAUUACCAUCAUCAUUCAUCAUCUUCCUUGCAGCUUCUCUUGGUUCACAAGUUUGUUGAGCUCUUUCUCUGGCCUUUUCACGUUUCAUUCAGCUUUUGUCUUGUUGUUUAUUGAGCUGUUGAGAUUUCAGAUUUUGCUUCUCUAUCUUCUGUACGGAAAUGUUUUGUAUCUUUAGCUCGCUUCAUAUUUGUCUAAUUUAUAAACCGAAACCAAGAAUCUUGUAGCAAGGUUGUUAGAGUCGCAAUAAAUCCAAUUGGAGGAUUUUAUCUUUUUCUCAACAAUACUCUCGAGUGUUUGUAUCUCUGUUUAAUGAAAUCAAAUUUAUUGAAAAGAGUAUAUAAUUGCAGAUUAGUA